AUGUCCGUCGCCCUGAGGUCGAGUAGACUGGUCCGCAGCCAUGCUGUAUUACGGCCGAAUCUGGCGUCCCGCACCCGUCUCUCCAGCAGUGCAUUGGGUGCCGCAUCGACUGCAAACCUCCGAUUCAACGCCCGCGGCCUCCCCUCGCAUGUCACAGCCCUAGCUCUCUUAGUCCCCCAGACUCGCGGAUACGCUACCGAGCACUCGACAUCCAAUUCUAGAUCGUCGGAGUCAUUCCCGCCCCCUGGGUUCAACGCGGAACAGGCCAAGAAGCCGGUUCAGAAGGAGUCGCAGACGAAGGACGUGCAGAAGGCGGAUAAGACAACUACUGCGCCUGCGAAGAAUGGCGACGCUAAGGAGUCGGAGAUUGUGAAGGCCGGAGACGUGGAUAAGAAGGCGUCGGAGAAGAAGGACCAGAAGAAGUUGACGAUCGGGCAGAAAAUUAAGAAGGAGGUUCAGCAUUAUUGGGAUGGAACGAAGCUGCUGGGUACGGAGGUUAGGAUUAGCUCGCGGUUGGCGUUGAAGAUGGCGCGGGGAUAUGAGUUGACUCGGAGAGAGCACCGUCAGCUCCAAAGAACAACGAAUGACUUGGGUCGGUUGGUCCCGUUCUCGAUGUUCAUUAUUAUCCCCUUUGCGGAAUUGCUUCUGCCCAUCGCUCUGAAGUUGUUCCCCAACAUGCUUCCCAGCACCUACGAGGGUGCGAAGGUGCGCGAGACCAAGGCGCUUAGUCUCAGCUCGACGCGGAAGGAGGUUUCUAGUUUCUUGAAGAACACAUUGAAGGAGACCGGUCUCCCCGUGACUGCGACGACACUCAGAAACGAGGAGUUUGCCGACUUUUUCAGGAAGAUUCGGUCCACCGGAGAGUCUCCGUCGACUCAGGAUGUCAUCAAGGUCUGCAAGAUCUUCAAGGAUGACUUGACGCUGGACAACCUGUCUCGUCCCCAGCUUGUUGGCAUUUGCAAGUACAUGAACUUGAACUCGUUCGGUACUGACGCCAUGCUCCGCUACAACAUUCGCCACCGUAUGCGCCAGAUCAAGCGUGACGACCGUGCAAUCUUCUACGAGGGCGUUGAGUCGCUGUCCGUUCCCGAAUUGCAGAUGGCUUCUGCUUCCCGUGGUAUCCGCACCCACGGCGUCUCCCCCGCUCGCCUCCGCGACGACAUGUCGAUGUGGCUGGACCUCCGUCUCAAGCAGGGCGUUCCCUCUACCCUUCUCGUUCUGAGCAACGCAUACGUGUACGCGCAGGGCGGCAAGGAGGCCGAGAUGUCUUCGCAGAUCGAGGCCCUGCAGUCCGUCCUCUCGAGUAUCCCCGAGGAGCUGUACCACGAGAUCGAGCUCGAGGUGCACAACGCCGAAGGUGCCGCCACCAACAAGCAGCGUCUGGAAGUCAUCAAGGAGCAGGAAGAGCUCAUUGAGGAGGAAAACGAGCAGAACAGCGAGAGCGAGGAGAAGGGUGUUGCUGCGCCCAAGGAUACAGAGGACAUUGAUGACAAGGAAGAUAGUUCAACGCAGAGCGCUGAGGCCACGGAGGCUGCCAAUGAGGGUCAACAGGCGGAUCUCAACUCGCAAACCCAGGCAAAGGAACAGCAGAAGAGCUCUUAA